GCCACCAACCCACAAAGCUAAACUGAAAAGGUAACACUGCUUAACAGCAGCAACCAGACCAGCAAGAGAGAGAAACAGACAGAGAGAGAAAGAAACACAAACACAAACGCAGACAACAUUGUGUAUUGUGUUCUUGAGCAAAACACAGAGAUCCAACUAACAUCAACAUGGGGUGACACACAAAACUUUAUGCACAUAAUAAUAAUAAUAAUAAUAAUAAAACAACACAACACCUGAACUUGUUCAUCGCCGCCAGUGGAAAUCAGAACCCAAUACCUCAAAGUUUCAAACUUUCAAUCUGUUACUGUCAUUUUUGGUAGUUUGUACUAAUUCCGGCAUGUCAGGAGGUAUUUGUUCAUUCAAUUUUAGAGGUUGAUUCAUUGAGGUCCAACUGAUAAGAAACAGUGUAGACUUUGGUUGACUUCGUAGUUGCUUCUUCGAAUCUUUCAAGGGUUAAGUUCCUAUAACAUCGGAAGAGAAAGUGCUGUUGUCCUUUUGCCGGAGCCAUGGCGACUAAGUCUCAAGCAAAUUCCAGGAGAAUGUAUUCAUGGUGGUGGGACAGCCACAUAAGCCCCAAAAAUUCAAAAUGGCUCCAGGAAAAUCUCACAGAUAUGGAUGCCAAGGUGAAGCAAAUGAUUAAGCUUAUUGAAGAAGAUGCAGAUUCCUUUGCCAGGAGAGCAGAAAUGUAUUAUAAAAAACGCCCAGAGCUUAUGAAAAUGGUUGAAGAGUUUUACAGGGCAUAUCGGGCAUUGGCUGAGAGAUAUGAUCAUGCAACUGGAGUGAUCCGCCACGCCCAUAAGACCAUGGCUGAAGCAUUUCCUAAUCAAGUUCCUAUGAUGUUGACAGAUGAUUUACCUGCCAUUUCUCCUACGGAGACUGAGCCACAUACUCCAGAAAUGCGACACCCUUCACGUGCAUUUCUUGAUCCAGAUGAACCACAAAAGGAUGCUUCUGCUCAUUUCCAUGCUAUCAAAAGAAAUGGUGGUUAUACUGGUGAACCCGAUUCUCCUUUGAACAAAACCGGUUUGAAACAGCUCAAUGAUCUCUACAUCCCUGGAGAACAAGAAAAUCUUCCAAAGUUUGCUAGAAGGGGGCUCAAUUUUUUUGAGACGCAGGAGGAGAGUAAUGAGCAAAACAGUGGAAGCAACAACACUUUGUCUGAGUCUGAACGCGUGACAAAAGCUGAGACAGAAAUUUUGGCCUUGAAGAAAGCCAUUGCCAAAUUAGAAGAUGAAAAGGAAGCUGGCUUGCUUCAGUAUCAGCAGAGUUUGGAGAAAAUGUCUAAUCUCAAGUUAGAAGUGUCUACUGCACAAGAGAAUUCUCGAAGACUCGAUGAGCGAGCAAGUAAAGCUGAAGCUGAAGUUCAAGCCUUGAAGGAAGCCCAAAUCAAAUUACAGGCUGAAAGUGAAGCUAGUCUUCUUCAGUACCAGGAAUGCUUGGAGAAAAUAUCUAAUCUGGAGAAAAAUAUUUCUUCUUUGCAAAAGGAAGCAGGAGAACUUAAUGAACGAGCUACUAAAGCUGAAACUGAGACUGAGUCCCUAAAGCAGGAACUUGCUAGAGUAGAAGCUGAAAAGGAAGCUACCCUUGUUCAAUAUAACCAGUGCUUGGAGACAAUAUCAAAACUGGAGGAGAGAAUAAAAGAAGCUGAGGAGAAUGCAAGAAGGAUUAAGGAGCAUGCCGAUAUAGCAGAAAAAGAAAUCGAAGCUUUGGAAUUACAAGUUACUAAACUUAAUGAAGAAAAGGAAGAUGCUGCUCUCCAUUAUCAGCAAUGCAUGGAGAUAAUUUCCAGUUUGGAGUAUAAGCUCUCUUGUGCUGAAGAGGAGGUGCAUAGGCUAAAUUCCAAGAUAGUUGAUGGGGUUGAAAAGUUACAGAGUUCAGAACAGAAAUGUCUUCUCUUGGAGACAUCAAAUCACACUCUGCAGUCAGAAUUACAAUCUUUGGCACAAAAAGUGGGGUCUCAAAGUGAAGAACUUAAUGAGAAGCAGCAGGAAUUGGGUAGACUUUGGGGUUGCAUACAAGAGGAGAGACUGCGAUUCAUUGAGGCUGAAACUGCUUUCCAAACUCUUCAGCAGUUGCAUUCUCAGUCUCAGGAAGAGCUUAGAUCUCUUGCUUCUGAACUUAACAGUAAAGUGGAAAUACUGGGGAAUGUGGAAUCUCGUAAGCAGGCUUUAGAGGAUGAAGUACACAGGGUGAGUGAGGAAAACAAAAUUCUAAAUGAGGUCAAAAUUUCUUCAUCUUUGUCUAUAAAAAAUUUGCAGGAUGAGAUUUUGAAUUUGAGGGAGACAAUAGAGAAAGUUGAACAGGAGGUGGAGCUUCGAAUUGAUGAAAGAAAUGCUCUUCAGCAAGAAAUUUACUGUCUUAAAGAGGAGCUUAAUGAUGUGAAUAAAAAACAUGAAGCCAUGAUAGAGGAAGUCCGGUCAACUGACUUAGACCCACAGUGCUUUGGAUCAUCUGUGAAAAAAUUGCAAGAUGAGAACUUAAAGCUGAAGGAAACAUGUGAGGCUGACAAAGGAGAGAAAGAAGCUCUUUUGGUAAAAUUGGAAACCAUGGAGAAACUUCUGGAGAAAAAUACUGUUUUAGAGAAUUCCCUUUCAGACUUGAAUGCUGAGCUGGAUAGCGUCAGAGGAAAGGUAAAUGUGUUGGAAGAAACAUGCCAAUCUCUACUAGUGGAGAAAUCAAAUCUUGCUGCUGAGAAGGCCACCUUGUUUUCUCAGUUACAAUCCACAACUGAAAAGCUGGAGAAGCUCUCAGAAAAGAGCAACCUAUUGGAAAAUUCACUAUUUGAUGUGAAUGCUGAACUUGAAGGGUUAAGGGUGAAGUCCAAGGUAUUAGAAGACACAUGUCGAUCACUUGACCAUGAGAAGUCCAGUAUCUGUCAAGAGAAAGAAACCUUAGUUUCACAGUUGAACAUAACUCAUCAAACACUGAAAGAUCUUGAGAAACUGCACAGUGAAUUGGAAUUGAAGCAUUUGGAACUAAAAGGAGAAAGGGAGUCUGCACUUCAAAAGGUAGAAGAGCUACUAGUUUCCCUAUAUUCUGAGAGGGAAGAGAAUUCCAGAGUUUUGAAAUUGAAUGAAGAUGAAUUGGCUGAGAAGGAAUUACAAAUUCUUAUUCUACAAGAAGAUGCAAAUUGCAAGAAAAAGGAAUAUGAGGAGGAACUGGACAGAGCUAUACAUGCUCAACUUGAAAUUUUCAUCUUGCAGAAAUGUAUUGAUGAUUUGGAGAAAAAGAACCUCUCCCUUCUAGUUGAGUGUCAGAGACUUUUGGAGGCUUCCAAAAUGUCGGACAAAAUGAUAUCUAAAUUGGAGACUGAAAAUGUUCAAAAGCAGGUUGAUGUGAAUUCUCUGUCUGAGAAAAUUAAAAUACUAAGGAUUGGCUUGAUUCAGGUGUUGAAGACUCUUGACAAUAACAGUGGGCAUUUCGGUGAGGAUAUGCUUGAAGAAGGCCAAAUGCUCCUGAACCACAUAUAUGGAAAACUUCAGGAGAGGCAGAAAUCUUUUGACACAAUUUUCAAUGGAAGCCAACAAAUGGCCAUUGAGAAUUCAAUUCUGAUUACAUUCCUAGAGCAGUUGAAACUAAAGGUGGAAAAUCUUGUGACACAAAGGGACACCCUUGAUGAGGAGUUCAAUAUCCAGUCUAAGCAGUUCUUGGCAUUGCAAAUAGAGGUCCAAAAGAUAUUGCAGAAGAAUCAGGAGUUGGAGUUGACAAUAAGCAAAGGAGAAGAGAGAAUGGAAGUAAUGACAAUUGAGACAGACAAUCUACGAAAGCAGUUGUCAGACUUGGAAAAGAGUCACAACAAUUUACAGGAGGAUAGUUGCAAGAUAUUGGAAGAGAAGAAGUCCUUGACAAGAAGAUUUCUAGAUCUGGGUGAAGAGAAAAGUAACUUGGAAGAAGAAAUAUGCGUCAUGAUCCAUGAGGCAAUAGCUCAAUCUAAUCUUUCCCUGAUUUACGAGAAUAUUAUCUUUGAAAAACUCAUGGAACUUAAAGAGCUAGGUGAAGAUCUUGAUAAACAUUGUUCAGCAAAUAAUGACCUUGAUGAGAGAUUAAGAGUAAUGAUGUGCAAAUUAGAAAAUGCAGAAAUGGAAAAUUCACAUCUUAAAGAGUCAUUCGUAAAGUCAAACGUUGAACUACAUUUAGUUGAAUCUAUCAAUGGUCAAUUGAGCUGUCAGAUUAGGGAUGAAAGGGAGAUGUUGCAUCUAAAGGAAAAUGAACUUUUGGAAGCAGCUGAGAUGUUUCAUGUUUUACAUACUGAGAAAACAGAAUUGCAAAGAAUGGUGGAAGAUCUGAAGAUUAAAUAUGAUGAAGCUAGGGUGAUGCUUGAAGAACAGGCUAAUCAAAUUUUGAAAUUGUCCUCAGACAAGGAUCAUCAAAAUGAAGAGCUCCUAUGCCUGUCUGAAGUGAAUCAGAAGUUGGAGUCUGAAAUGGGGUACCUACGUCAAGAGCUUGGAGAAACUAAACUGAGGGAAAAGAAGCUAGGUGAUGAAGUACUUAAGGGAACAAAUGAGAUUGAACAAUGGGAAACUCAGGCUUCAACACUCUUUGCUGAACUGCAGAUUUCUGCUGUCAAUGAAACAUUAUUUGAAGGAAAGGUCUGUGAACUAAAUGAGAUGUUUCGUGUUUUACAUACUGAGAAAACAGAAUUGCAAAGAAUGGUGGAAGAUCUGAAGACUAAAUAUGAUGAAGCCAGGGUUAUGCUUGAGGAAAAGGCUAGUCGAAUUUUGAAAUUGUCCUCAGACAAGGAUCGUCAAAAUGAAGAGCUCAUAUGCCUGUGUGAAGUGAAUCAGAAGUUGGAGUCUGAAAUCGGGUACCUACGUCGAGAGCUCGGAGAUACUAAACUGAGGGAAAAGAAGCUAGGUGAUGAAGUACUUAAGGGAACAAAUGAGAUUGAACAAUGGGAAACUCAGGCUUCAACACUCUUUGCUGAACUGCAGAUUUUUGCUGUCAAUGAAACAUUAUUUGAAGGAAAGGUUUGUGAGCUAGCUGAUGCAUGUGAGAAUCUUGAACGUAGAAACUACUCCAAAGACAUGGAAAGUGAGCAUCUGAAAGAAAGAGUUAGCGAGCUGGAAGUUGAAAAUGGAAGACUGUGUGAACAAUUAAUUGCUUAUGUCCCUGCUGUCAGUGCUUUGAAUGAUUGUAUAACAUCUCUGGAGAUGCAGACUCUUGCACAUGAAAAGCCUCAUGACCAUGAAGAAUCAAAGGUUAAUAGUUUGGUGAAUAAUGAAUGCACUGAAAAUGGUCGACAAACAGAUGAAGAUCGGACUGUUGUGGCACCAGACGCACUCCCUUACUUCCAAGACAUGCAGAGAAGGAUCAAUGCAAUUGCAAUGGCAGUUAAGCAGUUAAAUGAAAGUUUUAAAUCUAAGCAUGUAGAGAACAUGCAAGCAAGCAAGCAUGUUACUCAAGCAGAUCAAGCAAGGCCAGAUACCCCGGUUACCGAGAUUGAAGUUCUGCCAAAAGACAUCAUGCUUGAUCAAAUAUCUGAAUGUUCAUCAUAUGGGAUAAGUAGGAGGAGAGAAAUUCUUGAGGCUGAUGAUCAGAUGCUUGAGUUGUGGGAGACAGCAGAUAAGGAUGCCGCAAUUGGCAAGCAAGCUGAAAAGACACAGAAGAUGGUUGCUGAAGCUGCUGGCAAUCAUCAAAGAGGAGCAACCAUGGAACUCAGAAAUAAAUAUCCUUCAACAGAUUCCUUGGUGGAAAAGGAGUUGAGUGUGGACAAGUUAGAGGUCUCAAGAAGAUUGACACUACCACGCGAAGAAGGGAACCAGAGCAAGAUUUUGGAGAGACUUGAUUCUGAUGCACAGAAGUUGACAAACCUCCAAAUCACCGUACAAGAUUUGAUGAAGAAGGUAGAGAUUAAUGAGAAGAGCACAAAGGGAAAAGGUGUUGAGUUUGAUGAGGUGAAAGGGCAGCUUGAAGCAGCUCAGGAGAACAUCACAAAGUUGUUUGACACCAACCGCAAGUUGAUGAUGAAUAUGGAAGAGGGUACCUUGUCUUCUGUUGGGAAGGAUGCAGCAGAGUCGGGUGAAAGUGGAAGUGUCAGCAGAAGGAGAGUUUCAGAACAGGCACGUAGAGAAUCAGAAAAAAUAGGACAACUGCAUUUGGAGGUGCAAAGACUGCAGUUUUUACUGCUGAAACUAGGUGAUGGAAAAGAAAUCAAAGAGAAAACAAAAAUGACUGAUCGAAGUCCACGAGUGCUUUUGCGAGAUUAUAUCUAUGGUGGGAUGAGAACCAACAACCAAAAGAAGAAGAAAAAGCUACCCUUUUGUGCAUGUGUGCGACCUCCCACCAAGGGAGAUUGAUUGUUACCAUAUAGUUUGAAGUAAGUGAGACAUUAGCUUUCUUGUUUGUAAAAUUUUGUUUCUAAGGAUGCUUCAAGACCCUACAUAUUUUGAUCAUGCUGUACAUGUUGUGCCUCAUUUACUCGUAAGAAGAGGCCAAGGCUAGGAUGAAUUUUUGCCAUUUUUUUCCUGUAAUAUUUAGUUCUGAAUAAUCACCUUUUUUCUAUCUGGUUUAGAUGAGUAAUGAGUGCUUAGUGUUUUGGCUA